CUCGACAUCCGCACCAUCCUCAACCCACCCGACCUCGACCUCUGGCGCGCCCGCCUCUUCAACGUCGACGAGCUAAUCGUCCUAAGCGAAGAACAAUUCCUAACCUACUUCCCGCACAUCGACAACGUCUACUCCCACCGCUCCACGCAGCACUACAAGCGCAAGCCGCUGGUCAGCCACUACUGGGACUGCCGGCUCAAGGGCCGGCCACCGGGCACGCCCAAGUCCACGGACCCGAACAAGAAGAAACGCAAGCGCACGGCGCGCGAGCGGGACCUCUGUGAUGUGAAGAUCAAGAUCACGGAGUUUUUCCCUAUGGCUGCUGGGGGUAGUGGGCUGGAUGGUUCUGGGGAGGAUUUCGGGCUGGCGGUGAUGGGGGGUGUUUUGGCUGGUCCUGCUGCUGUUGAUGGCGCCGCUGCGUUGGGAGACGGUGGUGUUGGCGCUUCGGAUAACCAAUUCGGGCUGUUGACGCCCAGCUUGAAUGUGUCGUUGGCUGAGAGUCAUCCCGGUUUGCAGGGGCAGCGGUUCUUUACGAUUCAAAGGGUGAAUGGGAAUGGGGCAAACGGGAAGAAUGAUGGGGUCAGUGGGGGUCAUCGGCAUACGUUGGAGGAGAGUGAUCGUGUGAAGAAGAAUAGUGUGCAGCGGUUUCUGUUGAAGGAGGCACGGGAGGAAAGGAAA